CUUGUUCACAGCGUUUGCAAUUGCAGCCAUCCUAUUCCUAUAGUACUUUUGGUAUCAUCGAUUUGACUCAUUGGCCUCAUAUCAGAAAAGGCCCAUUUUUUGCCUCAUCAAACAGGCCCUUAGUAAGAGCUACUACUAACUUAACUUUGCCCCUUCCCUUCUUGGGUAACUGAGGGAAUUCGAGGCAAUGAUUCUAAUCAACGCAACCACACAAAUCGCUCCGACUCCGACGAUCCAAUUCCAAACCCUAUCCCUAAAUAUCCCUCCCGCACUCCACACCAUCCGGCUCGGACCGGCCAGGCCGCGCACAGCCCUCCGAAUCUCCUGCACCAAAGAGACCGAAACCCCCAGCGAGCAAUUGCUGGCCGCCGAAUUCAGCCUCGAGAUCAAGCGAUUGAAUUCCGAAAUCGCUCAGCGAGAAGACGCCUUCAGAAAAAGCAAGGAGCUCCUCUUCGCCGAGAUCUCCGAUUUCGCCGGAUUGAAACCGGAGGAUUUCAACAGCAAGUGGCGUAGGAUGGACGACGAUGAAAAAUUGGUUUUGGUUAGGGGUUUUGUGGCGGAGUGGAGCGCACAUUUUCAUCCGUUAUCGGCGAGGUCUGUCAAGGAAUUGGUGGAGGAGUACGUUGCUGGAAUGAGUGAUUUUUCGGAUUCUGGUAAUUUGUUCUCUGGUUUGGGGAAAUUAUUUGGAUUUGGUAGUGAUGAUAUUCAUAGCUAGGGACGAACCUUUUUUUUAUUGGAUAAACAUUUAAUUCAAAUUAAAUUAUGCCAAUUUUUGGUUA